UUUGUAUUAUUAUAUAUUAUAAAAUAUUUCCCCUAUAUAUUUGAUCAUAGUUUCACAUCCUAUAUAAAGUUUUCAUUUAACUAGUUAUGAAAAAUUUUUAAACAGUUUAUGAAACUGUUACAUAUUCUGGCCAUUAAAUCUACUAACCUAUUACUUAAAAUUGUUGAUUUACAUGACCUAGGUUUCAUUAGGAUUCCUACCAUAUGUACUAAAUUCAUUCAGCAAUAAGUAAUUGUACCUGUACCAAAACAAUUUAUGAGCUGUGUCUGCAAUUGCGCAAGUGUUACUUGAAAAUAUUUCUGGGAAAGUGGUCGACGUGCAAAUAGUGAAAGGAUUGAAGUGUACUUCACUCAUUGAAUUGAACCGGCGUGCGAUGUGAUUAUGUCUCGAAAGAGAACCCGGUUAAGCAGCGAAGAGGAAAUGAGUGGAAAGCUGGUAGAGACGGCCGCUGGUGGAGAACAGAACGGAAGUGAGACCAGUUUUACUAGCGUCACCAGUCUUCCUACAGUGGUGUCCGUUCAGUCACUACAGACAGCCGCACCGUAUAGCACAGACCCAGCAGCGGUAGCAGAGCGCGACCGGUGUCACUACGGGCGCAUACCCCGCGCGGCAGCCAUAGCUGGCACUGCGCAGCGUAGAGUGCGCGUCUACUCCGAUGGCAUCUACGACAUGUUCCACCAGGGCCAUGCCCGGCAGUUGCAACAGGCCAAAUCAGUGUUCCCUAAUGUCUACCUCAUUGUUGGAGUAUGCAGCGAUAGUUUAACACACAGCCGCAAGGGCCGCACAGUGAUGACUGAAGAUGAGAGGUACGAAGCCGUCCGACACUGCAGAUACGUGGAUGAGGUGGUGCGGGACGCGCCGUGGGAAUACGAUGAGGAGUUUCUAGAGAAGCAUAAGAUCGACUUUGUGGCGCACGAUGAUAUCCCAUACACGACGGAGGACUGCGAGGACACGUAUGCCACCAUCAAGGCAAAGGACAUGUUUGUUGCCACCGAGAGAACAGAGGGCGUGUCGACGUCGGAUAUCGUGGCGCGGAUAGUCCGCGACUACGACAUCUACGUGCGACGGAACCUCGCGCGGGGCUACUCCGCCAAGGAGCUCAACGUUUCAUUCCUCAACGAGAAGAAGUUUAGGCUACAAAAUAAAAUGGAUGAACUUAAGGAUAAGGGGAAAAAGGUGAUGACAAAUAUAGGAGAGAAGCGCGUAGACAUAUUAACUAAAUGGGAGGAGAAAUCGCGCGAGUUGAUCGACGCAUUCCUCCUACUGUUCGGACCGGACGGGCGGUUGUCCAACAUCUGGAAUGAAUCUAAGGGCCGCCUGAUGCAGGCGCUGAGUCAGCCGCCCUCACCGCGGUCCUCGCCGCCGCCCAGCGAGAACGGCGACGCGUACCCACACUCGCCCAAUCACAGAGGUUCGGUGUCCCCACCGCCGCCCAAGUCAAGGCGGUACGAGACGCUAUGGGAGCCCCAAGCAGGUAACUGGAUGGAUCGAGCUCUGAACGUGUUGGGCGCUCGGAAGCGUCCGUACAGCGCCAGUUGACAGACGACGGCUCCGACAGCGACGACGACUAUCAAGACACCAGUCCGUAUCUUUAGGCAAAUAGAGGAACCGUCCGUUGAUAUUAACAAUGGCACUAUAUACAUAGUAUUUUUAUACAAUGUAAAUUGUCCAUUAUUAACAUCGAAGGAGACUCACAAUCAAAUGGCACAUGUAAUUGUGUAAUUUCUCUUUCGUGUUUUCGGAUGUUAAAUUAUUGUAGAAUAUUAUGAGACAAAAUUGUAUGAUAUGCUGUAUGCGUACAUUUGUGUGAAUGGAUUAUCCUAUUAGGUUUAUAUUAUUUAUAUUUCUUUUAAGUAUUUUAAUUCAUAGAUAUUUGCAGGGCACCUGCAAUUCUGUUAGCACCAUAAAUACCGCUGUGUAAGAUAAACGGUGCAAAUAAAUUGUUACAUAGAUAUUAUUUAUAUAAUACUUUUUGACAGUCGAUUAAAAAGGUGCUUAUUAUUUAUA